UUGCCUUUCUUCUAUAAAGGAGGAAAGAAAUCACAAAAAUUUACAUCAAGUUUUGACAACAUGAUGAAUCAAUUCGAGUGCCUUUUCAUAUUCAUCCUCUGUUUCUUGUUCGCCGGAAACUGCGAAUCAUGGGGUUGGUUUUCAGACGAGACUCACGGCAGGAACCCAUCGUCGUCGUCGGCGGCAGAAUCCCAGAUUUCCGGCAAGUUAUCAGGGGAAUUCUCCAUAGAUCCUUUAAGCAGCCAAGAGGGUUCUCAAAUGGUUGAAAACGCUAUGCAGAAAGCUCAAUCUGGUUCAUGUUGGCAAACUGCUUACCAAGACCUGUUUUCCGGUUGUCGGAACAUCCUCGCCGAUGAAGAAAAACGAUCUAGAUUCGCCUGGUUUCUUUCCGACUGUUUUCAGAAAGAUUCCGGUAUGAUUUCGUUUCCGAAUUGUAAUCCUAAUAAAUCCAACAUGAAGAAAUGCAGAAACAUGCUUGAUAAGGAACAGAGUCAAGUUUAUCUUCAAUUCUAUCUUCAGACCAAUGUUCUUUGUCAUCAAUUACAAGCUCAUUCAUUCAAGCAACAAACAGAGAAAUUGGUGAAUGCAUUAAAAGAUUCAGCCCAAUUUGCAGAAGACAAAUUAAUAAGUAUAGAAGAAAAAACAGAGUCUUUAAUCGAGAGUUCAACUCACAUCCAUGAUUCACUUUCCUCAAUAGAACAACAAUCUCUGACAAUAUCUAAGGUUACAACGGAUGUCUCCAACAACGUUAACAACGUAUUGAAACAUACAGAAGAUGUUCACGAACAAUCGAAACGAAUUGAGGUUUCCCAAGACUUGAUUCGUCGUGGGCAAGAUGAAUUGAAGAAGAAAAUAGAUGAUGACAUGGAUAGCUUGAGAGAAGCCUAUGACAGUUUGGGAUUGGAAAUGAGUAAUCUGAAUAGCGAAGCUAUUGAAAUAGAGAAGGAGAUUGAAAAGCUCGGAGAUUCGUUAUCUUCUAAGAUGGGAAAAUUGCAGAACAAAGCAGAAAGUAUUGAGAAUGCAACGGGAACUUCAUUGGAUAAACUUAAACAACUUCAAGAUGGGCAAUCUGUUGCUCUUGAAGAUCUUCAAUUUCUCAGCAAAUUCUUGUCAAGUGCAUUAGAAGAGAGCAGAGGAACAUUGCAAAAAUUAGCUGAAUUUGGAAAUAAACAGCAAGAGGAGCUUCUCGAAAGACAAAACCAUCUUCAAGAAGGACAUGAACGUUUGGUUGAGAAUUCAAAAACAAUAUUGUCUGCCCAGGAAGCAUUUGAGUCGAAGCAAGCAAGUAUGUUCGUAGCUUUGGACAAGCUAUUUUCUCUCCACAAUGCUAUGUUAGUUGAGUCGCGGUUGAUUAAAGCGUUUGUCAUAUACUUUAUGGCCAUAUUUAUCGUAUACAUGUUCACCAGCACAAAACAAACUUACAACAUUAGGCCGAGACUUUACAUUGGGCUCUGUAUGGCUUUUUGUAUUGAAUGUGUGUUAUUGCAAUAUGCAACAAAGAGAAUGGAAGAUCAAGGUUGGAUAAUAAGUACAGUUAGGUCAUUUUUUGUGUUUUUUGGAGCAAUUCAGUUGCUAUAUGCUAUCUUCACUUAUAGGGACUAUGAAGUGUUGAACCACGCAAUGUUGUUGAAUAUAAUGGACAAGAUUAAUAAUGGUGUUGGAUUGAGAGAAAAUAAAGAGAUAUGUUACGACAGCGAUGAAGAUUGGAAAUAUGCUAUUGGGAAAGAGUACAAAGAAGAUGAGGACGAGCUCAAUGAUCCUGAUUUUUUACUUGAGGGGGAUAAUUCGGUUUCGACUAGUAGUUUAACUAAAAGAUAUAACCUAAGAUAUCGUGGUUCUUAUGUUUCUCAAUGAUAUGUAACAUUUAUUUAAGUAAACAUUUCUGGCUUAAUUUCUGCUCUAGUUCUGGGAUAUCUUUUGUUGACUAGGAUGAUGAUGUGGCAGUCCAAGUCAGUUGUUAAUUCGUUACAUUUUUAUUUUCCCUUUAUUAUAUAAUAUAUUACAAGAUUUGAAAU